AUGGAGUUGGAAAGUUGUUCGUUACCUAAAGAAGAUUCAACACCAACUAAUAAUCCUAUUAAACAUUUAGCCAUUAAGAAGAGUGUUCCAACGCGCCGUAGCUCAACACCUAAAUCAACUACUUUAUCUAUGAAUGAUACAGAUACCUUACCGGUUGACGAGCGUUUAACCAAAGACCCUGUAAUAAACGAACCGCAAAAAAACGGGAAGUUUGAUAACGCGCAACCUAAACCCACAGAAAAAUCUACACCACUCGAGGAGAACACAAUAGAAAAAGGAAAGGCGCGAAUAACGACAUUACCGACUUUGCAUCCAGAUACGAAUAAAGAUAGUUUACAAAAAGGAGAAGCACCCAGAAAAAAUAAUUUGGUAAAGAAUGUAAAAUACGCAGUAUCGAAACCUGUAGAGGCAGAUGAAAUUACGACAGAGGAUGAUAUUACUAAUUGUGUCGGUUAUAAAGCAACCAUUUAUGAUACAAGUUUGGUUGUAUGCACAUUGAAUGGUUGUAACAAGUAUUUCACUAAAAUGGAAAAAUUUUCACAUCAUCGUAAAAAAGAACAUGACACAACGGACGUUGUAACAGAUAUUUGGAUAUUUGGAAAUAUGAAUAGAGGAGAAAAUACAAUUAAUGCUACUUCUAAAAUAACGGAAAGUCCAACUACGCCCAUAGUAGCAAAGGCACCGGAAAAGAAUGUAUCCUUACCAGUGAAUACCUCUUUAAACCUGGUGAAAUCAGAAAAAACUGAAGUAUCGCUUCCUUCUCUGCCAGAAAAUUCCGCUCGUACGACAUCUACAGGAACAUCUCGAAAUCGAAAACAAAAAGAUCAAGAAUUAUUAACACCGAGUCCAAUUGACAAUUCUCUACCCAAUAAACGAACUCAAGAUCAGGUUCCAAUUGAAGAUAGCAAAAAAGAAACAAGUGGAAACAAAAGACGAGAAACACAACCUCAACAACAAUUCUCAGGUCAUAAUAAUAAUGAAAUACGUCAACAACAACCAAGACAACAAAGACGAUAUCCAAUAGAAGAAGAACAAAUAAUUGGAUUAGAUGGACGUAUAAGGUAUCCACCAAGAGGAAAUCGUGGGCAAAAUGCUAAUCCAAUGUAUGGAAUGCCAUAUGAUACAGGAGAUCCUAGAUAUUAUAAUGCUAUGCAAAUACAUCAUAUGAACUUUGGACUCUCUCCUUAUGGUGAACUACCACAUCCUCCUCCGCGUUAUGAUGGCGGAUAUGGUGAAAUUCCAUAUGGUCAAUUUUACGGAGGUGGAAAUAGAAGAUUUUUAAAUAGUCCUCCGCCGCCACCUCAGCCGCGACGGUCAAGAUAA